GUCCUGUCCCACCCCUCAUCCCCGUCAGUUAGUGCUAUGUGAGUGCGUGUGUGCUCCUGAGCUUGCUCGGCACACAAAUUAAAAAAAAUAAAAAUACAAAAAAAAUUUAAAACAUAAAAAAAGCCAAAAAAUCAUUUUGUAACAAGUCGGAGAAGCUGGAGUGUGGACACCCGCGGAGUGGACGGUAACGUACAAGAAAAAGCAGCCUAACGUUAACCCGAGUGUUUCAGUCGACGUGGUUGAGAGGAGACCGGUUCAGAGUCACGUUAGUUUGGCCUUUCUCGUCGAGUCAGAGUCGAGUGAGUUUUAAUCCCCUUAGAAGUCGACAUACUGUCAUUUUUCGUACGUUCAUCUUGAGACGUACCGGUCGACGGUUGCCAACGUUUACCACGUCCUGACGUGACGCUCCGUCAACUUUUUUUUUUUAGUUUAAAUUAAACGUUGUCCACAGCCGACCAACAUGAACCCCAGUGCCCCCAGUUAUCCCAUGGCCUCCCUGUACGUUGGGGAUUUACAUUCAGAUGUAACCGAGGCCAUGCUGUACGAGAAAUUCAGCCCCGCCGGAGCUAUCCUGUCCAUCCGGGUUUGCAGGGACAUGAUCACCCGGCGUUCUCUCGGAUAUGCCUAUGUCAACUUCCAACAGCCAGCAGACGCUGAGCGGGCCUUGGACACAAUGAACUUUGAUGUUAUUAAGGGACGGCCUGUGCGCAUCAUGUGGUCGCAGCGUGAUCCAUCACUGAGAAAGAGCGGCGUGGGAAACAUCUUCAUCAAGAAUCUGGACAAGUCCAUCGACAACAAAGCUCUAUAUGACACUUUCUCUGCUUUUGGCAACAUCCUGUCAUGCAAGGUGGUUUGCGAUGAGAGUGGCUCUAAAGGCUACGGCUUUGUGCAUUUUGAGACUCACGAGGCAGCCGAAAGAGCCAUUGAGAAAAUGAAUGGCAUGCUGCUCAAUGACCGCAAAGUAUUCGUGGGCCGCUUCAAAUCUCGCAAAGAACGUGAGGCCGAGCUUGGUGCCCGAGCCAAGGAGUUCACAAACGUCUACAUCAAAAACUUUGGAGAGGACAUGGAUGAAGAGAAGCUGAGAGAGCUCUUUAGCAAAUAUGGUCAUGCCAUGAGUAUCCGCAUCAUGACGGAUAACGGCGGAAAGUCUCGAGGCUUUGGAUUCGUCAGCUUUGAGAGGCACGAGGACGCCCAGAAAGCUGUGGAUGAGAUGAACGGGAAGGAGAUGAACGGCAAGCUGAUCUAUGUCGGUCGUGCUCAGAAGAAGAUUGAGCGACAGACGGAGCUCAAGCGCAAAUUUGAGCAAAUGAAACAAGAUCGCAUGACUCGCUAUAAUGGUGUCAACUUGUACGUGAAGAAUCUUGAUGACGGAAUUGAUGAUGAACGUCUGCGAAAGGAGUUUGCACCGUUUGGCACCAUAACUAGUACCAAGGUGAUGAUGGAAGGUGGGCGCAGCAAAGGCUUUGGGUUCGUCUGCUUCUCGUCGCCCGAGGAGGCCACUAAAGCUGUGACUGAAAUGAAUGGACGCAUCGUAGCCACCAAGCCACUGUACGUUGCCCUGGCCCAGCGGAAAGAAGAGCGUCAAGCCCACCUGACCAACCAGUACAUGCAGCGCAUGGCCAGCAUGCGUGCGGUCACAAACCCAGUCAUCAGUCCCUACCAGCCGGCUCUGCCCUCUGGAUACUUCAUGGCAGCCAUACCUCAGACCCAGAAUCGCGCGACUUACUACCCAGCUGCAGGCCAGAUGGCCCAGCUGCGCCCGAGCCCACGCUGGACCACCCAGGGUGCCCGGCACCAACAGUUCCAGAACAUCCCAGGUGCCAUGCGUCCCUCAGCACCACGGCCUCAGACCCUCAACGCGAUGCGACCUGCCUCUGUGCCUCGCAUGAUGGCCACUCAGCGUGUUGCCCCUCAGACAAUGGGCCUCCGAGGCACCUCGCCCGCCGCAAUGGCCAACCAAGUGCGUGGAGUCCCUCAGUACAAGUACGCUGCAGGAGUCCGCAAUCCCCAGCAACACAUGGCUGCUCAGUCACCCGUCGCCAUGCAGCAGCCUGCAGUCCACGGUCAAGGACAGGAGCCUCUGACUGCUACCAUCCUGGCUGCUGCUCCACCACAGGAACAGAAGCAGAUGCUGGGUGAACAUCUUUUCCCACUGAUCCAGACCAUGCAUCUCAGUCUGGCAGGCAAGAUCACUGGCAUGCUGCUGGAGAUUGACAACUCGGAGCUGCUCCACAUGCUGGAGUCUCCAGAGUCUCUGCGCUCAAAGGUGGAUGAGGCAGUGGCUGUGCUUCAGGCCCACCAGGCCAAGGAGAACGUCCAGAAGAAUGUGACAAACGCAACUGUUGUCCCAAGUGUCUGAACUCAAGGAAUGUGCAUCCUUGAGAUUAAUGUCAUCAACGGGGGGAAAAAAACAAUAUAAAAAAAAAUAGAAUUUAACAGUGAAAAUUAAAAAAAAAGAAGAAGACACAAAACAACGUAAAAUAAGUCCAAUAAUAUUUCCAGCCAGGCUUAGGAUAGACAGUAACACCAGGCCUUGUUUGCUGAGUUAAAGAGAAAAAAUCCAAAAAAAGAGAAAAAGUUUAAAUGAAAAAAAUUAUUGAAGGCUUUUAGAGGUGAGCUGAGUUUGAAAGCAUUCCUUUCUGCCAUUUUAUUCCCUUUUAAAUGUUUGAAUGUACCCGGUUGCUAAAGCCUCUUAUUGUGAAAUUUCCUUUGACCUUUGCUUGCUUAAAUAAAAAUGACUUUAAAAAAAUCA